CGCCAGUAGACUCCAGACUACAGACAGACAUGGGGCUGUUAUCAGCCCUGGCUAUUGGGGGAGGCGCAGCGGUAGCAGUGGUCGGCGCUCCUUUGGUUCUGACGGCCGUCGGCUUCACCACCGCUGGGAUAGCAGUAGGCUCCUAUGCUGCGGCGAUGAUGUCGGCUGCUGCUGCCGCUAACGGGGGAGCGGUGGUCGCCGGGAGCACCGUGGCUAUUCUGCAGGCAUGGGGUGCAGCUGGUUUGACGGCAGCUGCAAAUGCGGCUGCAGUCACCGCGGGAGCAGGAGCCGGAGCAACUGUGUUAGGACUGGUUGCAAUUAUUUGAAAUUCAUGAAGGAAAAAUGUCAAUUUUUGCCAAUUGGAAGGGAAUUGUAAAUUACACCAUGCAGCAUCUCUGACAACUUCCAUGUUUUGGUCAAUAAAUAUGUGUACCAUCA